ACGCAAGCUUAUCGUUUCUCUCUCUCUUACUCUCAUUUAAAGAAGACAUUUUUUGCACUGUUGCUUUCGUUUUCCUCAGAGCGAGAGAGAGAGAGAGAGAGAGAUGGCUUCGACGCUGGUUUUGGUGGUGGUGUUCGUCUUCGAUUUGAUAGCUUUCGCGCUCGCCGUCGCGGCGGAGCAGCGGAGGAACACUGCCACGAUUGUGGAAGAUACUGCAAAAAAGUUCAAAUAUUGUCAUUAUGAUUCAGACAUUGCAACUGGGUUAGGCGUGGGAUCCCUAUUGUUCCUUUUGGCUAGUCAGCUUCUGAUAGUGGCGGUGAGCAGAUGCUUAUGUUGUGGUAAGGCUCUGAGGCCAAGUGGUGCUAGGACUUGGGCCAUAGUACUCUUCAUUACUUGCUGGGUAUUCUUUAUAAUUGCUGAGGCCUGCUUGCUGGCUGGUUCCGUGAGAAAUGCUUACCACACCAAAUACACUACACUAAUUUCCAAUAAUCCCCCAUCAUGCGAGACCUUGCGGAAAGGAGUCUUUGGGGCUGGGGCUGCAUUUAUCAUCUUCACGGGCAUCGUUUCCGAGCUUUAUUAUGUUAGCUAUUCCAAAGUGAAUGAAGCUAUCGCACCUUACACCAGAGAUACUGGCGUGAGGAUGGGGAAUCUGUAGCCGACUUUGGUAAGCGGACGGAAGUGUCUCGGUGUACUUGUUGAAGUCGUGUCAACCAUAGCUGGGAAUUGUUAUUGAUAGCUGUGUGCAUGAUAGGAAGUUCCAAUUAGAUGUCGGUUGACUGCAUCCAUUAGUUGGGUUACUAUUAGAUGUUUGCUCAGUCAGGAUUGUUCGAUUCUGCUCCUGAAGUAAAAGUAGCUUUUCUAACCUUUUAAAAUUUACAGAUCAUGUAGUAAUCUCUUUCUUUUUGGAUGAGAAACCGUUUGA